AUGUCAUACUCAUAUGGGACCAAUUUCCUCGUGCGUGUGGCAUCUCCAUUUUUAGAUUUCAGUUAUUUACAGUAGUUCGCAAUAUCCUAUUUCGAUAGAGAAGGAAAACGCAAGAACGAUGCUGAUAACUGCUGGUUAUCCAUCUUCCUCUGCUUCUAGGGUUUGCUUCUUGAGACAUAGCUAUUCCAAUUUUGGUAUCAUAGUUCGUCGCAGACGAGCAAUCGGUCGCAGAAGCUGUAGAGCUACUCUCAUAACGAAUUCCGAUUUGUUCGAGGUUGGGAGACUAAUUGGCAGCUAUGGAUUCAUGAACAUUACUAGUUAUUCGGGGUUGCAGUCGAGGAUGGGCAUGGAAAUUUCGCCGGAGGACGUGGGGAGAUUGAGGUCUCAGGAUGUUGGAGAAGGAAGUGUGAAAAUCAGACUUUAUGAAGGGAGAAUAGCUCAGGGUCCACUUAGAGGUACCCCUGUUGUUUUUAAGGUGUAUCCUGGAAAACAAGUAGGCGGGUUUGAAGCCGACUUGAUGGCUGCAAAUGAACUUGAUGCCCAUGCUUCCCUUCAAACCAAUUCAGAAAGUAUACUCUGCAAGAAUAUUCAAAUACUUCUUGGAGGAUUUGAGACAAAAAUGGGUGAGCAGUGGCUUGCUUUUCGUUAUGAUGGAAAGUACACUGUUGCCGACUAUGCGAAGGUUGCUAGUGAGAAGAUGUCUAAUCUUGGAGGACAGAGACUCUGGAAUCCUUUUGAGAAGGAUGAAACUAUAAAGAGGAGAAGGUAUUACGUUACUAAACUGCUUCAGGGAGUUAUUAGAGGCCUGGGUUACAUGCAUGACUGUGACAGAUUGCACCAGAGUCUUGGACCUUCUUCCGUUGUUCUCAAUACAAUUGUAGAAAAAGAUGCUACUUAUCUUGUCCCGAAGUUACGAGAUCUUUCCUUUUCAGUUGAUAUAAGGUACACUGAGCUAGAAGGUGGGUCAAAGACACUGUUCGAAGGACUCUGGCAAAGGGCAUCUGCUGCUGGUGCUUUCACUCCAGUAGACAAACGAGCCUUCGGAGUAGCAGAUGACAUAUAUGAAGCUGGUCUUCUGCUGGCAUACGUAGUUUUCGUCCCAUUUUGUGAAGGAGGAGUCAUGGACAGUCUUUCAUUGCGAAGGCUUCUUGAGAACACAUUCCAACUUGAUGUCCAAGCCAUGAGAGAAUAUUGUUUGGCAGAUGACCGUCUUAUCGAAGCAGUUACUUUUUUAGACCUUGGUAAUGGUGCUGGUUGGGAGUUACUCCAGGCAAUGCUAAACCGUGAUUUUCGAAAGAGGCCAAUUGCAGAGGCUGUGUUGAACCAUAGAUUCAUGGCUGGGGCCUUCUUUUAACUUGUGGGUUAUUGCUACCCAGCAAGUUUAUUUGUGUACUCGUCUUUAAGGCUGUGUUUUGGCAACUCAUUGAGCUUUAUACAUUAUUCAUCCAAUCUUGAUGUUUUGGUGUGAAAAAUGGGGCUCAGGUUAGGGGUUUCGAGUCGGCUUGUAAUCUAAUUAUCCCUCCAACGUGUAAAUUUUAUCGUGGACCAUUAUAAGUUUAGAUGGCAGUAAAAACGAUGACCUUUCAGAUCGAGAUGCCCUACCAUUGAAUUAUACAGUAACAUAGAUUUAUAAUUGAAAUUAAACUAGUGCGUAGCCUAGUGCGAUGCACGGGUAAACAAUAUGACUUUCAUAGCAUGUAAAA